GGUGUAACGCCGCUGCUGCGUGUGCCGCUACAUCGUGAUAUAUUUUUAUUAGUAGUAGUAGUAUUAUUCCUACCACUACUUUAAUUGUUUUCUGUGUCGCUGCGUAAGACCACUCUUUAUUCCUUUGUUGCUGUUUUCUUAAACUGUGUCGUUCGGCUCAUUUCGCGGCAGAUUCUGGAACGCAAACAUCGUCGUCCUCAACGGCAAAAGAGAAAUUCAGUAAAGGGCAACAUGCUCUUCGGCCAGCUUGUCUGUUAUGGCUGUCAGCACGUGCUCACGUACCCUCUCGGGGCCAUCUCCUGCCGCUGCCGGCUCUGCAACACCAUCAACGCGGCGCAGAACCUCCAACUUACCUGCGGCGCCUGCGGACAGGAACUCCACGCCCCGAUCAACACCCUCGCCUUCCUCUGCCCCUGCUGCGGUACCGUGACGGACAUCCCCGAAGAGCUGCUGCCCCCGUUGCCGAGCUGCGUGAACCUCGGCGACGGCACGGAGGAGAUGGAGACGACGAUGUACGUCUCGCACCCGACGCUGGCGCCGAUGGGACUGGCAGCGGCGGCGGCGUCGCCGGUGGAAGGGGACUCCUCUGCGCCAUCGCAUUCGUCGGCAUCCUCACCGUCGCCACCGCCUCCGUUGUCCGCAGGUCGGCACAAAGUGCCGCGGACGAUGCUCACACGAGAGGAACGGGAGGCGGUGCAAGAGACAGUAGACGAAGCCGCACAGAGAGGAGAAGAAAUUUAUGAUGAGGAUGGGGGGGAGAGCGACCCGGUGGCGGCGGCACGAGAGUCGGUUGUGCCAAUGCGUCUCGCACCGACGGUGAUGAUCGCCACUCGAAUCUUGUAA